AUGAAAGUUUACGUUGCUGCACCUGGUCAACAUAAUUGGCCAACUAUACCAGAUGAUAUUCAAGAUCGUCUAUUAGCAAUUCUUACUGAAAAUUUGAAUGAUGAAUAUUUAGAAAUUUCAUUAAAACGAACACGAAAAAAAUCUUCAGAUAUAAAAAAACAUCCGAUUAAACAACAUUUAGCUAUUGGUUUACGUUGUGUUAUGCGUAGUUUAAAACAAAAGCAAUGUUCAUUAGUUUUUGUAUGUAAUUCAUUAACACCAUUAAUUUUAACAAAACCAAUUCUACUUCUUUCACAAAUGCAUUCAAUACCAGCACUUCGUAUAAAAAAUUUAUCAACAAUAUUAACAAAAACAUUUGCUAUACCACAUUGUGCAACAAUAGGAUUUAAAUUAACAUAUCAAGAAAAUUCUCAACUUAAAAAUCUUGUUGAUAAUCUUCUUCAAAUAAUUAAUGGUUGUGAUAAACCAUCAUUAGAAUCUUCUUCUUCUUCUUCUUCUAUAAAUUUCAUUCCAGGAAAAAUUAUUGCACCCUAUCAAAAUCCGAAAAGAAUUUCAGCUGGCGUGCAAAAAAAGAAAAAGAAAAUAAUAAAAAAAUAA